CUUGCAAUGCAUUGUUGUUAACAUGAACUAUUUCUAAAUAGUGCUGUGGAUAGCUAAGCUAACUGCUUGUAAAGCAAUAAUCUAACGGUCCCAUUUUCCACACCGGAUUGCAAGACACUAGUCUGGAUCACUAACACCGACUGUCUUGUACUUUUUUUUGGCAUUUUAAAUACUACAUUUUAUCAACUCGGCUUUUCUAACGUUAUUUAACGGCUGAGCUAAUGCUACUGUGGUAGCUAACAAGUUAGGCUACAGGCUAUUUAGUUAGCUCUUUCUAGUAUGCUAGCUAGUUUACUAAAUUAGCACUUCACUGUCUCAUGGAGUGAUGUUGAGAAAUACAUUUUUGUUAUUCUGGAGCCUUGUUGUGGUUGUUGGACACAUUUUGAACGGCUGGUCAAAAGUUUUCUCCCUACAAAUGUAAGUGUCUUGACGUGGUCCAUUCAGUUGUUUCUUUUAUUUAUAUAUUUAUUUAUUUAUUUAUUGUUGGUGUUAUGGUAGCUGACACUAGUCAUCUGUUGAAUAGAAAGGCUAAAUAAUCUAGAUGUGCAGACGUGUGUCCUUGCUUAUCGUCAGUGACACAUAGAACUGUCAGCAUUUUAGCUCAUGAGAAAACCCAAGUUAAAAACUGCGUUUGGUUUUGUUAGGUGGCCUUUUAAAAAACUACAGGCAAAGAUCCUGUAGGUCGUUUUCUGUUAAUCCGCUUCAAACCCCAGUAUGGUGCGUUUAACUGUGAUCUGUUGGUGAUGAAGACGAGUCACUAAAAGUCACUCGGUGAAGUUGCGAAGGAAAGAUGAGCGAGCUGAUCACACGGCUUGUCUUGGCUUUGUGUGGAUCUGGAAGAGGAAGAUGACAGUGUAGGAAGAGUGAUGAGCUGAUUGAGAGUCGACCAGAAAAAUCCUCAGAGACUGCUAGAAAAUGCCCAGAAGAAAACAAUCAAAUCCACAACCUGUUAAAUUGGGUCCUGAAGAUGCUGUUGGCAUUGGGAAUCCAGAGGGUUUGGUACUGGAGAGUGAUUUCCUCCUUGAACAGGAUUUUGGAGAGAAUGAUUACAAGAUCAUAGGAUUCGAGAGAGACUCUGAUUCAGUAACUGCUGACAUGGGAAUUCCAGCAUACGCCUUCAGUGAUGAGGACUGCUCCAGUUACAACCGCCUCAGCAUGGAAAGUGACUUUGAGGACCCCAGAGACACUGAGAGUGAGCGGGAGGAUAUGGGCGGAGACUCAGCCUUUGCCCCGUACCUCUCGUGCCGGCAGUGUGGCCAGCUUCUUGGUGAUCCCCUUAGUGGAGCAUUAGACGUAGCAGGGCUUUACUGCCUUCAGUGUGGUGGUGAAGCGAAGGAAGCAGAAAAGAAACAUGAACAGGGAAAGGAAGCUGGGUCUGCACAGGGCUCCCAGCAGAAAGGACACACAGCGAAGUCUGGCCCUAACUCCUACAAAAUUUACUCAUGCAAACUGUGCAGCUUUACCUCGCGCUACUCCAACCACUUGAAGCGGCACAUGAAAACACACAAUGGCGAGAAGCCAUACCAGUGCCAGCACUGCACAUACGCUUCAGCUCAGCUGGUUAACUUACAGAGACAUGUGCGCACACACACUGGGGAGAAGCCAUACAAAUGUGACUAUUGUACAUUCGCCUGUAACUCCCUAGGCAACCUAAAGAGGCAUCGGCGCAUGCACACUCAGGAGAAGCCCAACAAGUGUAGCCAGUGUGAAUACCGUGCAAGUAGCAGCCACACCCUGAAACGACAUAUGAUGGUACAUAAGACAGAUGCAUCCACAGCCGUGGUGGAAGAGAGUGUUGGGUCUGAUCUGAGUCUGCACAUUAGUGCUGAUUCAGACUUCCUGCAAAGUAUUGGAGGCCUGCAUGCUGAUCGCCAGCCCCCGAGUCUGUUGGAGGCUGAGGCUCUAGGCCAGGAGUCAGAGCCCAUGGCUGAGCUGCUUUUCCCCUUCACAUGUCGUGUGUGUGGCUUGGCCCUGGAAGAUGAGGAAGGAGAGGCCAUGCACAUCUGCAGCAAGUGCACUCUUGACAUGCUAGAUAAGAGCUCUCCAUCUAGCCCAGAGAAAGGAGACAAACUUUUCUCAUGCACUUCAUGCCCCUUCAUCACACAGUACCCCAACCACCUGGUGCGGCACAUGAAGACUCACAGUGGGGAAAAGCCUUACAAAUGUCCGCAGUGUAACUACGCCUCAGCCCACUUCGACAACUUGAAACGCCACCACCGUGUGCACACAGGUGAGAAGCCUUACAAGUGCCACCUGUGCGAUUAUGCUUGCGGAAACCUGGCUAACCUUAAGCGACACGAGCGCAUCCACUCUGGUGCCAAGCCCUUCCAGUGUUCCGUGUGCAGCUACAGCUGUAACCAGAGCAUGAACCUAAAGCGCCACAUGUUACGCCACACUGGCGAGAAACCGUUUAAGUGCCCAGAGUGUGCUUACACUACAGGCCACUGGGACAACUAUAAACGGCACCAAAAAAAGCACGGCCACUCCCCUGAUGGGUGGAUGAAGAUGCCAUUGCCAGAGAAGGAAGACGAAGAAGAGGAAGGCGAGAUGUAGCGUGUUUUAUGGGGCUUUCUUCUCAUGCUCAUAAAACCUAGCAGAUGUUGCCUUACUGUUUUAAUAUUGCAAAGGUGCAAGGUGCAUAUGGCAAGUGUCACAUUUUAUGUGUAACCCCUAAUUCACAGUUUGUUCCUCUUUAAAUGCAGAUAAUUAUAAUGACAUUAGCCAUUAUUAAAGCAGUUUAUCAGCAUGAACAAAUUCAACAGAGAUGCAGAAGUAUCACUGCAAGCAUGCAUGGAAGUUGACUUUAGAAUAAAAGUUUUAUUUUAUCUGUAGUACAAACUAUUCAUGUCUGGUUUGAAAAGCAUCAGACUUUUAAAUUUAUACAGAGAACUGGACAAAUGUGGUUAUACAUCUGUUACUGUAAAGUUGGUCUGAUUAAGCUGACUGAAAGGCUAAAGUUUUUAUAAUACUUCUAUUCUUAUAAAUCUUCUGUGAUUUACGGAGUGAAAGAAUGUUGCAAUAAAGCCAAUGAGUUAUCCUUUUCAAGGUUAAUGCUAUUUUUUCUUUUAAAUUUGUGUUUUGGAUUUGAUUACACUGAAAACCUCUGGUUGCUGCUAAAUUAUGUAGGAUGAGUGUAGGUGAGUUUUCUGGAGUUUACUGUAAAAUGAUUGUCAACUGCCCCUGCACCAAUGCUGCACUGAUGUGUGUGUGUGUGCGCGCGCGUGUGUGUGGGAGAGAGAGUGACUUUUUGUAAGUGACUUUCAUAGAUUUUUCUAAUUGUGUUGUGUGAUUCCUACUGUGAAAUGUCAUAUUUCAUGAACUUUUAAACUCAUGUAAACGGAUUCAGUUGUAAUUUUCUUUUACUUUUAUUAUGCUUUGUUUAGGGAAGACCUUAUGAGGAAAAAAGGAAAGAGACCACAUUUGCUAUUAUCCUUUUAUUGAUACAGUCACAGACAGAACAUUGCUCUGAUUGUAGGUAUCCUAAUGGUUGUUGCUCUAUGCUUUUUGUACAAUCUAUUUUUUUUAAAUAGUAAAAUAUAUUUUGUACAGAAAAAGCACAACGUUUAUAAAUGUUAUUAUAUGGCUAAGACCAUUAGUCUUUCAAUGAAAUCAGGGACUAAGUCAACAUAUUUUAUGCAUAAUUAUUGACGUGAUGUUUGCUAUAUAUUGUCAAAAAUGAUUAUUUAUGUAUAUUAAUGUAUAUUUUGUGGUUUCGUUGCUUUAUUGAUGUGGGGAUUUGUCAAAUGACCUUUGGCUUAACAAUAAAACAAGAGUUUAGAUUUUU